AUGUCAGCAGACACCAUCCGGGCGCACAGCAAAUCGAGGACUGGCUGCCUACGCUGCAAAAGGCGCAAGGUCAAGUGCGAUGAAAUUCGGCCGCGCUGUACCGCAUGCAAUCGCCGCGACGAUAAUUGCGUCUACCCUUCACCCUUUGCGGCGGGAAGCAAUGGCAACGGCAGUGGCACAGCGGGGGAGGACGACUCGUCACGAGCAUGUUCCAAUCUCUCGAGUUCCCGCAGUCCCGAAUCUGGGCCGUCGUCCGCACUGGCAUCCAUCCUCAAGAGCGACACCGAUCUGGCCACCCGGAGGACUCUCGCUCAUAGCCUGGACCAGCACGACCUGCGCCUCCUGUGGCACUAUAUGCGCAAAGUAGCACCACUCGACGCCAGCGACCCGCUGAUUGUCGAGAUCCGGCAGGACGAUUUUGUCCAGGAGGCCCUGCAAUACCCCUUCAUGAUGGAGGCGCUUCUCAGCAUGUCCGCCCUGCAUCUCCGAGCGUGGAGGGACCGAACGGCAGACUGGGCGCUCGUUGCAGAGCUAAAGAAGUCACGCGCUCUAAAGGGCUACAUCUCUACCCUGACCGACGUCACGGACGACAAUGUGCUUGCUGCUUUUUGCUGUUCCACUAUUCUACCGAUCACGUUCCUAGCGAGCUCUGCCCCGGACAUGGCGGCCACCGCAACCCCCCCAGGCGACGUCGUUCAAGCCAUCUGCACACUCCUUCGUCUGCAAUGCGGCAUUGGUGCUGUUAUGAGGACUUUCAAGACCGAUCGACUGUGGGAGUCGAGAGUAUGCAAGAUGAUGACGAGAGCGUCUCAAGCGAAGCCAACAGACUUGCCCACCGAGACGACGGAGGCUCUUGCACACCUGCGCUCCACUCUCAAGGACACACGACACCAGCUGACCGACUACGGAGGGAUAUAUCUGAGCGCUGUCUGCCAUCUCGAACGAUGUCUGGCGCUCCUGUCUUCAAAUCCCGCGGAUAUCGACAUCGACGCCGAGCACGUCUUCGGCUGGCCAGUUCUGUGCGGCGAGCUGUAUGUUGAAGCGCUGGUCAGUAAGCAUCCCCCAGCGCUCGCCAUUCUUGCAUGCUAUGGAGUUGCGCUGCACCAUUUGAGGGCACUCUGGUUUAUAGGGGACUGGGGACAACAUAUCGUACACGCCACUUCUACGUAUUUGGACUCUACGUGGAAAUUUGCGACAUCGUGGGCGCGGAGACAUGUCGAGGGCUAG